UUAAACAAAGCCGAGCCUGUGCUGUGGGAAAAAUCAUAGGCGGAAACGGGUUUUACUUUUACUGGUAACUUUGGAGCGCAGCGCUCACCAGCAUUCAGCUCUCCAGCAGUCUGGCGUUGCAGUCGCAUCGAAGCGAACCGAUUUCCGGAACCUGAAUCCCUGCCAGCGCAUCGCCUGAUCCACAUCCACUGAAAAGCCAGACAGACAGAGGAACUGCGGGGGCGUCACCGUCGUGGGAAAGAGCAAUAUAAACAAACGGCAGCGGGAUGUCGAUGAGCAAUCUAUCCAUAGACGGCGAGUUCCGCUACAUUAUCCAGUGGUUCAAGGAGUGGAGCGAGCUGCAGCGCGACGACUUUGUCUACGUUUUUGUGGAGUACCUGGCCCGGGGCUCCAGUGCCAGCGAUGUCCAUGUGAAUGGAAUGGUCAACUCGCUGGCCAACGCAUCAGUGCAGGAUAAACCCAUGAGCCUGUUCCAGUGCCGCAUUAAGCUGUUCCGUGAAUGGAGCCCCAAGUGGCCGAUCGAGUUUAAGUGCCAGCUGCAGGAGAAGAUUAGCGAGAUCGACGCGAAGGUGGGGGAGAAGAUCAUCAAUGAGCUGCGGGGACCCCAUUCCGCGCACAAUGGCGACGUAGCCGUGCAUUUAAAUGCAAAUGGAGCGAGCGAAGAGGGCGGGGAUUCCGAACUGGAGCAGCUAUCAUCGGUGGCAGAAGUGGCAGAGGUCGCAGCUCCCGAGGCGGGAGAAGAACCAGCAGCUCCCGAACCAGAUGACAAUCGCUUGGCGGCAGUCUUGAGCCAAGAGACGCCCGUCGAUGACGACGACGUGGAAGAGUCGGUUGGGGAAGUUAGCAAUAGCCAAGCCGAUGUAAAUGGCCAUUAUCCAGCGGCUGCAGUGACAACGAUUGCGGUGAAUACGUCUCCAUCUCCAUCGCCAUCGGUAUCCCCAUCCCCGACUCCCCAGCCGAUUGUCGAACCUGUAGAACAGGUCGAGAAUAGCGUUACAGUCACCGUGGCCUCGGCAGAGGUUCCCCCGGUGGCUUAGACUCUGCACGAUCGUUAAAGACCAAACCAGAUCGACUAUAAAAAGGCCUAAUGAGUAGUUAAGUAUUUUAGUUGUACAUCAUCGGCAACUCGACAUUCCACGCGAUGCAUUUCUAGUUACGUAAGCUUGGCUCCUAAGUAAGACUCUGUUCUCAUUCUAUAGCCCUUAGUUCCCCGCGUUCAUCUAUCGACUAGCUUAAGAGCACAAUCUGUAAAGUAAGCCUCAAUAAUACACGAAAGAGAGUUCCACAUUCUAAA